AUGUGGGAUGUGGAAAAUCAGAACUGCGAGUAUGAAGAUCGUUUCAUGACGAUCGCUGAAGCUGCCUCCACCAAGUUCAAUGAUCCUCCUACAUCUUUCUACAAUGGGAGACCUUAUCCUUGGAAGCUCAAGGAGUUGGACGCCCAUUAUGAGGAGGAAAGCGCUACUACUGUAGAAUUAGAAUCUGAAACAAACAUCCCUCCACAAUACCCAGAUUGUCCAGAAUUGAUUCUAAAAAGUACACACAGAGAAAACAAGGAGUUUCUGGCAUUUCGCAAACAUGGACCUGAACAUUUGGAUGAGAUGAGCAGGACGUUUGAGAAUGUCCUUGUUACUGGAGAGAGCUCAUUCAUGCCUGGUACAGUAUCUGGCACGGUGUUACAUGGGGGUGCAGAGCUUGAUAAUCUUGAAGAUGAUGAUGAUGAUGAAGAACUGGCGGCGCAUGCGCAGCCCACUCAUCAUUACAGCACAGCGCCUCCAUCCCCUCCGCUCCGGGAGGCGCUCCCCCUCCUCUCCCUCACGCCCACCCCCACCUCCCGUCAUAGCGCUGUCCACCACCACGACGCCGCCGACUCCGAUUCCGACGAUGACGAGUGCUGCUACCACCUGCAGCCUGAGAUGGCGGCGGGCUCGACGACGGGCCCCGCGCGCGCUCCGCUCUUCGCCGACCUCAACUGCGUGCCGUCCUGCUGCGAUGACCCGAUGGACGUGGAGGCCGCCUGGUGCACGUCGACAGACGACGCCGCCGUCGCUCUGAGCAUCGGCCUGCCGGCCGCCGAAACUGACCUCCUGUCUGUGCUCUCGGGCCGGGCGGCGGAAGAGGAGGAGGAAGAGGAAGAAGAUUGCAAGCUGGGGGGCGGGCACGAGGAGGUGCCGCUAGGGUUCUCGUCGACGGCGCCGAUCGGGAGGCUGAACAAAGGGCAGUACUGGAUCCCCACGCCGUCGCAGAUCCUCAUCGGCCCCACCCAGUUCUCCUGCCCCGUUUGCUUCAAGACAUUCAACCGAUACAACAACAUGCAGAUGCACAUGUGGGGUCACGGUUCGCAGUACCGGAAGGGCCCGGAGUCCCUGCGUGGUGUCCAGCCGACGGCGAUGCUGCGGCUGCCGUGCUACUGCUGCGCGGCGGGGUGCCGGAACAACAUCGACCACCCGCGCGCCAAGCCGCUCAAGGACUUCCGGACCCUGCAGACGCACUACAAGCGCAAGCACGGCCUCAAGCCCUUCCUCUGCCGCCGCUGCGGUAAGGCCUUCGCCGUCAAGGGUGACUGGCGCACCCAUGAGAAGAACUGCGGCAAGCUCUGGUACUGCCUCUGCGGCUCCGAGUUCAAGCACAAGCGCUCCCUCAAGGAUCACGCCCGGGCCUUUGGACACGGCCACGGCGCCUUCGGCUGCAACGGCGCCGCCGGUGGUGACGGCUUCGACGACGACGACGAGGGUGCCGUCUCCGAGAUCGAGCACGACAUCGUCUGCGGCGCCGCCAACGCCAGGUCCUCGCCGGCGCUGCGGUGA